AGGUGGAUCAAAGCCAAUAUGACAACAGUAUCUACACUUAAAAAUAAGAUAAUUGAAAUUGAAUAACACCAGGACGACGAACAGACAAACGAUCCAAUUGAAAUAAAAACAAAUUAAGUUAAAACAAUAUACAGACAUUCAAUCAAUAGCAAGAAUAAAAAGCAUGGCGGAGAGCUCAGUGUUUAUGGCAGACAUGGAGACGGCCUUCCAGAAGUUCGCAGCCCAUGGAGACUCCAAGGCCACAGGGAAGGAGAUGAACGGCAAGAACUUUUCCAAGCUCUGCAAAGACUGCCACAUCAUCAACGGGAAGAGCGUCACCUCCACGGACAUUGACAUCAUUUUCAGCAAAGUCAAGGCAAAGUCGGCUCGUGUGAUCACAUUUGAGCAAUUCAACCAGGCACUGAUAGAGUUGGCUCCCAAGCGCUUUAAAGGCAAAAGCAAAGAGGAGGCCCUACAAGAGAUCUACGCUCUCAUUGUCGGGAAGGAGCCCGCUAAUGUCGGAGUCACUAAAGUGGCAAAGACUGGUGGCGUGGACAGACUGACUGACACCUCCAAAUACACGGGAGCACACAAGGAACGGUUUGAUGAGUCUGGCAAAGGGAAGGGAAAGACCGGGCGCGAGGAUCCUGCAAACACCAGUGGCUAUGUGGGAUCUUACAAGGGCAGCGGCACUUAUGAAGACAAAGUGAAGAAAGUAUAAUGACGGAUCAUAAAAACUCUAUUUAGGAGUAUCAAGAAAAAUGAAAAAAAAAGAUAAUUGGCAACUCUUAAAACAAUAUUAAAUAUAUUCAUAGUGUAGAACCUCUGAAAAUUCGAAUAUUUGAAUGGUUCCACAAAACAAAUAAAUAAGAUUUUCAUAGUUUUUGAAAGGAUAUCCAGAAUAGGGAAAUUGGGAGCAUUUCACCAAAGUUAAUUCAGUUUUAGUCAGUGAUAGUUUUCCUUGUAGAGACCACUUUUACACUUUGUCCCGUAGAGCUCAACACUGUGCCUUGAAUAAGAUUUAGGUAAAACUCCCAUAGUACAAGGGAUUUUUUUCUAGCUGUUGGUGCAAAAACAAGAGCAAAACAAAUAAAUAUUAGAGAGAAAAUAAAAAGUUCAAGUAUUUACAAAAGAAAGAUAUGAAUGUAAAUCAAAAAUAAACUUUGUAUUUCAGG